ACAGUCAUAAGGGAAUAGCGGCAUCGGCAUCGGCAUUGGCGCUGUGCUUUAUACGCGACGCGAUUUUGUGGCGUGCAGACGUCUUGACGGUGAAAAGUAAAUGAAAAUUGAAGUCGGAAAAGCGCAUACAACAAUCUAAUUGGAAACUGAACCGAGACAUUAACUGCACAUGGCAUGACUCAUGCAACGCAGCCCAUACAAAUAAACAGCAACAAUGAAAAAUAAUCAAAAGUAUGCAAAAUUGCCCCAAGAUUUGGAUCUGAGCUUUCAAAGUGAUUUAGAUUUGCUGCCGGACACAGCGGCCGAUAUCGAUGUCGAUGAGUUUAAUUUGAGUGGCACGCCACCUGCUGGUUUAGUACUAAACGACGACGACGUCGACGCCGGCGCUGACGACGACGACGAAGACGACGAAAUUGUUAUUGCAGCGCAGGUAUUGGGUGGCGGCGGCGGCGGCGACGGCAGCGGUGGCGGACUGCGUCUGGCCACACGUAAGCAGCGCAAACAGCGCAAGCAGCAGCAAGUGGAGCAGCGGUUGUACAACAACAAGAACAAGAUCUGCGGACUCGGCAGUGAUAGUGUUAUCGAGACGGGUCUAACCCUAACGCCCGAAAUGCUGCUCUCUACCUCCGAGUCAUCGACGCACAGCGCCUCUGAGGUAGCGGGACGUCUGCAGGUUGAUGUGCGCACCGGCUUGAAGUGGACUGAGGCGAAAUAUCGUGCCAAGAUCAUUGGGCACAAUGAGCUCAAUGUCAUCGAGGAGGAUCCCACCUGGAAGAAGUACAUUGAGCAGUUCAGGAAUCCUCUGAUUCUGCUGCUGCUGGGCUCGGCCCUCGUCUCGGUCAUUAUGAAACAGUUCGACGAUGCCGUCAGCAUAACCAUAGCCAUUCUCAUUGUGGUGACGGUGGCCUUCAUACAGGAGUAUCGCUCCGAGAAGAGUCUCGAGGAGCUGAAGAAACUGGUGCCGCCAGAGUGCCACUGCCUGCGCGAGGGUCGCCUCGACACGUUUCUGGCCCGCGAGCUGGUGCCCGGCGAUGUGGUUUACCUAAAUGUGGGCGAUCGUGUGCCCGCCGAUGUGCGUCUCUUCGAUGCCGUCGAUCUGUCCAUUGACGAGAGCAGCUUCACUGGCGAAACGGAGCCGGCGCGCAAGAUAACCGAUGUCCUGCUGAACAACACGAACGUCAAGGAUCACAGCAACAUGAAGAACAUCGCGUUCAUGGGCACCCUGGUGCGCUGCGGCAACGGCAAGGGCAUCGUGGUCAGCACCGGCGAGCGCAGCGAAUUCGGCGAGGUCUUCAAGAUGAUGCAGGCCGAGGAGGCGCCCAAGACACCGCUGCAGAAGUCGAUGGACAUUCUCGGUGCCCAGCUGAGCUUCUACUCGUUUCUCAUCAUUGGCGUCAUCAUGCUGCUCGGCUGGCUGCAGGGCAAGCCGCUCUCCGAGAUGUUCAACAUCAGCGUCUCGCUGGCCGUGGCCGCCAUACCAGAGGGUCUGCCCAUUGUGGUCACCGUCACCCUGGCCCUGGGCGUCAUGCGCAUGGCCAAGCGGAACUCGAUUGUCAAGAAACUGCCGACGGUGGAGACCCUGGGCUGUGUCAAUGUCAUCUGCUCGGACAAGACGGGCACGUUGACCAAAAACGAAAUGACCGCCACAAUCAUCAUUACCUCCGAUGGCUACAUGGCGGACGUGACUGGCGCCGGCUACAACGACCAGGGCGAAAUCCACAUUCGGCACUGCAACAACGUGGAGAUGGCCAAAACGAACAUCACGAACCUCCUCGAGAUUGGCGCCGUCUGCAACAAUGCCUACAUCCAGAACGGCACGCUCCUCGGCCAGCCGACAGAGGGCGCCCUGGUGGCAGUCGCCAUGAAGAACGGCAUGUAUGCCACGGCCGAGAACUAUGUGCGCAUUCAGGAGUAUCCCUUCAGCUCCGAGCAGAAGAUGAUGGCCGUCAAGUGCAUACACAAGUACAACAACAACAAGGAGGAGAUCUUUUUCGCCAAGGGCGCCCUGGAGACCCUGCUGCCCCAAUGCACCAAAUACCAAUUUGGCACCCAGACGGUGCCGCUCACCAAACAGAACGAGGCCGAGUUCUUGGCCGAGGCCUAUGAGAUCGGGCGCAAGGGUCUGCGCGUGCUGGCCCUGGCCAAGGGCAAAUCGAUGCAGGAUCUAAUCUAUUGCGGCCUGGUGGGCAUCACCGAUCCGCCGCGCCCCCUGGUCCGGGAGUCCAUUGAGCUGCUGAUGCAGAGCGGCGUGCGCGUCAAGAUGGUCACCGGCGAUGCCCAGGAGACGGCAAUGGCUAUUGCUAGUCUCAUUGGCAUCGAUACCAUUCACCACCAGACGCUCUCUGGCCAGGAAAUCGAUCAACUGAACGAGCAUCAGCUGGACAAGGUGGCCAACAAUGUCAGCGUCUUUUAUCGCGUCUCGCCGCGCCACAAGCUCGAGAUUGUCAAGUCGCUGCAGCGCACCGGCAAUAUUGUGGGCAUGACUGGCGAUGGCGUCAACGACGGCGUCGCCCUCAAGAAGGCGGACAUUGGCAUUGCCAUGGGCAAGAAUGGCACCGACGUAUGCAAGGAGGCCGCUGACAUGAUCCUGGUCAAUGACGAUUUUCACACAAUCAUCGCUGCCAUUGAGGAGGGCAAAGGCAUCUUCUAUAAUAUUAGGAACUUUGUGCGAUUUCAGUUGAGCACCUCGAUUGCGGCGCUGGCAUUGAUCGCGCUGGCCACGUUGAUGGACAUUGCCAAUCCACUGAAUGCGAUGCAGAUACUCUGGAUCAAUAUCAUAAUGGAUGGACCGCCGGCACAGUCGCUGGGCGUGGAGCCCGUCGAUCAUGAUGUGCUCAAGCAGAAGCCGCGCAACGUCAAGCAGCCGAUGAUCACGAAAUCUGUGGUGGUCAAUGUGCUGCUGAGCGCCAGCAUCAUUGUGCUGGGCACGCUGUGGGUGUUCCAGCGCGAGAUGGCCGACGGCACGCUGGGCAAGACGAAGCGGGAUACGACCAUGACAUUCACGUGCUUUGUGUUCUUCGACAUGUUCAAUGCGCUCUCCUGUCGCUCGCAGACGAAGAGUGUCUUCACCAUUGGGCUGACCACCAAUCGGAUGUUCCUGCUGGCCGUUGCCUUCUCGAUCAUUGGCCAAAUGCUCGUCGUCUAUUUUCCGCCGCUCCAAAUGGUAUUCCAAACGGAGGCGCUCACCGCCUACGACAUACUCUUUUUGGUCACGCUCACCUCCUCUGUGCUCGUUGUCUCUGAGAUAAAGAAGUGGUUCGAGCGCUCCUUGGAGCGCAAAAUGUACAGCACCCGAUCCGAGUUGGACUUUGUAUGACAAAACGCAAGCGCUAGAGCUGAGUUGCACCCAAAAGCCGAGUAAAUUAAAUAAUAACAAAACAAAAGAAAGAAAGAAAAAAAAAACCACAAAAAAAUAGCAAAACUAUGCAAAAACCAAGUGAGGAGCGUGGCAGCGUAAACGGAAGAGCGAAAGAGACCGAGCGGAAAUUAGCGAAAAAAGUGUGUUUAAUUUUACAUUUGACUUAGUCAGCGCCAAAUAAAACUACCAACCCAUCCACAAAUUAGCAAACAACAACUAAAAUUAACAAAAAAAAAAUCAACAAAAUAGAAAAGAAAAAAUCACACAAGCAAAAAUCAAGAAGAAAAUUACAGCCAUCAAAAUGCAAAUAGAAACGAGUUCUCAAUGGGAAAAUUGGCAUUCGUUGAAAAUAUUUGAUCGAUCCUGGCAAUUCCAAAACGAUUUCUCGUAUGUAACAUUUGGUAUCAAAAUUUCAUGUUAUAUUUCGUGCUGCGUCUCAUCAAAGUUGAUUGAUUUGCAUAAUGUAUAAUUUUAAUUUGAUAACUUUAAAAUUUCUAAUUUUGUAAGUAGACGAAUUCGUAGUUUGUAUUUCAUUUGUAUAAUUGAGUUUUAAGUUUGCGCAACAACAAAAACAUCUAUUGAAGCAUUGCUUCAGGUUCUUUAUAAAUCAAAAACGAAAAAAAAAAAAACACACACACAAAUCUCUGUAUAUCUCAGCGCAUCCGAAUUAUAUUUGUAUUAUUUAUGAACUUUUCGAGUUGCAGUCCAAGUUGAAGAACAUGGCAAAUCCGAAAACUGAAAACUAAAUUGAAAUCUUUUCCAUUUACACGCGUUAGUUAUUUAAUUAUUUUGUAAUUUAAGGUCGUAUCAAAGUGUUUAAUAUUCUGCUGGAGAGUAUCUGUAAAACAUUUUAAUGUGAUAUUAUUUUAAGCACAUCCAAAACGAGCAAUAUUUCACACACACACACACACACACACCUAUAUAUAUAUUAUUUUUAAACAUUUCAAUCUUAUUAUGACUUGAAUUUGCUCUUUAGCUAAACACAGGUAUUUUAAAUUUGUUUUUAUUUAAAUAAAAUAUGUUUCAUUCGAA